AUGACAGAAAAACUAGACAAAGCUCAGAUUAAGAAGGAUGGUUUCGUUGACUCAAGUAGAUUUGGUAAUUUCCCUAAUCUUAUUUAUUAUUAUGACGAUGUUAAGAAAUUAAACAAGUUAAAUAUACCAAAAUGUGGUAAAGAAUUUGUGAUUGACAAAAACAUCAUCGCUUUAAAAGAUGAU